AUGCAAGAGUAUCCGGUUCGUUCCAUCGUGUCAGAACCGUUUGUCCACCAACUCGAGGUGAUCGAAAAGACGUUGAUUGAAGUGCGAAACCAGCCAUCAUCCUACUACAGUCGCCGUAGCAAUAGGAUGACGGCUACCCAACAGGGUCAGGCAUCUGGCCAGUCCAACCCGUACUAUAACAAGUACGGCAAUUUCUACCAGCAGCACCAUCAACAGCAGCAGCAGCAACAGCAACAGCAACAGCAGCAGCAGCAAGUGUCGGACUGGUACCGUAGAGACUACAAGAACAGCAUUAACGUUUCCAACAUCAACAGUGGGAUGGGUGGUACAGGCGUCAGUCUUGGAAGCGGAGUGGGCGGCAACGUAGCUGCCGGUCUUGGACCAAGCGGUGGGUUCUCAUCCACUCACUCUAAUGAGUCGAGUGGCAGCGUCAACGUUGACUCGGGCAUCUCCAGUGUGGGUAGCUUGAACUUGGGAGCUCCGACACAUGUGCCUCAGGUUUUCGACGAUAAAUAUGAGGCUCAUGGAUUUGCCACGUUCGAUCCGUUUGAGGCCAAAGACUACACCAAGGGCGGCAUGUUCCAGCCCAUGUUUAAUUCUUCUAAUAAUAUUUUGGGGUCGGGGUUUUCAGGCAACUCCAACAUCUGGGGGGACACGAAUAAGACCAUGGCCAGCGACGCGGCCGUAUGGGGUUAG